CCCUUCUGCAAGCCAAGACAGCAGCACUGUCAGCUUGUCACCUGGGUCACCGCCAUUGUCACCAACACCACAGAGAACCUCCACCAUGAUCUUCAGAUUCCUCCUGCUUCUCUCAGUCGUGGCUUGCGUCGCCUUCUCACAAAACAUCGUGGGGGGGCGGCCUGAAACAUGCCUGUGCCAGAAAACUCGGGACAGUCUCAGGGUUAAUCGUCGGUACAUCGAGAACAUUGAGAUUUUUCCCCCAUCAAACUUUUGCAUGAAGCUGGAAAUCAUUGUCAACCUGAAGAAUGGGAACAAGUACUGCCUGAAUCCUGAAGCCCAGAAAAUCCGCCAAAUGAUAAAAAAUUUGCAGUCGAAGUACAUGCCCUGAUAUGGAGGGAGGUGACCACCCCCCCAGCUGGCAUCUGAUUGGACACUGAAGCUGGACACCCUCCCCCUGCCCCCAGAUACAGGAACCACGCAGUCCUACUGAUACUCAUACAGAAUGUAUCCACUUGUGUCAUUUAGAUAAUUAAUUGUACAAACAUUGUUGUCUAUUGAUGUGUUCGUAUUGUUACUAAUCACAACCCUGUACUGCAUAAGUGGUUGUGGAAGAUGGCUGUAUUCUGCAUAAUGCAAAAUAUAUUUCUCUAUUGCUGAUAUUUUCUUAAUAUAUAUUUUCCUAUGUAUUGUUAUAUAUAUUUUCUAUGUAGUAUAGCACUAUGUGGCAAGUUGCAUUCAGUUUUUACAUUAUAUAAUAUACUCAUUUAUUAUUAUUUAACUGUAUUCAAUUAAUAAAUACAAAAAACAAA